AUGGCAAAGAAUGAUAAAACAGUAUUCGUCACUGUUGGAUCAACAGGAUUUGAUCAAAUAAUUAGUCUUUUAAUAUCAUCACCAAGUCUACAAACCUUAAAGUCCCUAGGGUAUACAAAAUUAAACAUACAAUAUGGGAAAAGCCGUGAAGCCUAUAAUGAGGCAAUGAAAAUAACUAAUGUUCAAAAUGAAAUACAAGUUAUCGGAUACGAUUAUAAAUCAUCAGUGAAUCAAGAUAUGCUAGAGUCUGAUUUGAUAAUAAGUCAUGCUGGGUCGGGAUCAAUCUUGGAAUCACUCCGAUUAAAUAAACCUUUGAUAGUAGUUAUAAAUGAAAAUUUAAUGAAUAAUCACCAAGCAGAGCUCGCCGUGGAACUUGGAAAUAAAGGAUAUCUUGUCUAUAGUUCAACCAGUAAUUUAUUAGAAAUUUUAAAAUCUAAAACUUACGAGAAAUUGAUUAAUUUUCCGGAAUCUGAUGCAACAAUUUUUGCUAAUAUUUUGAACGAGGAGAUGGGUGUAUGA